GCCUGCGACACUUCGUCAUCGCCGUAUUUUGCCAAGCAUGAUCAGUUUUAAAAUAACAUUCAGCACCGAUAGUAUAUUUUCUGUUGUUAAAUGGUGUAUCUGUUCAUAAUUCUGCCACAAUGAAUUACGGACCCUUUUAUGCUGGUAUGGUGGCAGUGUUGGUGGUAUAUUUCAGCGGGUCGUAUGUCGAACCAAAUCAUGCAAAUGAGGCUCUUUCCAGUGACACUGGACAUGAAAAACAGAGCGACACUAUGAAUCAAAAACAUAAACGAGAAUUUAAACCUCCUGAACACAAGAUGGUGCCAUUGCCAACAACACCAGCAGCAGUACUGACAACCACACAAUCUUCAGCUACCAUUAAUGCAACAUCCAACACCAGUUCUGCCAAUGAGUCAUUAAUUAACACAACCACAACCACUGUUGCCACGACAACCAUCAAUGAGAAGGAACCAGGGUUACCGGAGAAAGGUUCAGCAGAAGAAGAAAAACACAGCAGUUUGACCAUUUUCUUCAUUCUAUUGGUUGUUGCUAUCAGUAUACUGUUAACUCACAUGCUGCUACAGACAAGGUUUCACUACCUACCAGAAAGCAUUGCAAUCGUCCUUGUUGGUGCUCUGAUUGGUUUGAUUUUAAAGCUUUUUAAAUUUGGAAAUUGGAAGAAUGAAGAAGCAUUUAACCCAACUAUAUUUUUCAUUGUGCUGCUGCCUCCCAUCAUAUUUGAAUCAGGGUAUAAUCUACAUAAGGGUAACUUUUUUCAAAACAUUGGCUCCAUACUGGUCUUUGCUGUGUUCGGGACAGCCAUAUCUGCAGUCGUCGUAGGAGGAGGAAUCUAUUUACUCGGUCAGGCCGAUAUAGCGUUUAAGCUGGACGUUGUUGAAAGUUUUGCGUUUGGAUCACUGAUAUCUGCCGUUGACCCUGUGGCAACAUUGGCGAUAUUCCAUGCCAUUGAUGUGGAUCCAAUACUGUACAUGUUGGUGUUUGGGGAGAGCGUGCUCAACGAUGCGGUUUCCAUCGUCUUAACCACCACCAUUUUGGAAUUCUCUGACCCUAGUAUGGCUUCAGUGAGUGGAACGGCAGCUUUUUUCAUGGCUGUUGGAAGAUUUUGUUUGAUGUUCUUUGCAUCUGCAGCCAUUGGUGUGUUUUGCGGCCUCGUCAGUGCAAUGCUACUGAAGUUUGUUGACCUUCACAAAACACCAUCACUGGAGUUUGGCAUAAUGCUAGUGUUCUCUUAUUUGCCAUAUGGGCUGGCAGAAGGCAUUCAUUUAUCUGGUAUCAUGGCCAUUUUAUUUUGUGGUAUUGUAAUGUCACACUACACACAUAACAACUUGUCACCAGUCACACAAAUAACUGUGCAGCAGACAUUCCGUACCAUCGCAUUUGUGGCAGAAACCUGUGUGUUUGCAUAUCUUGGGUUGGCAAUAUUUAGUUUCAAAGUCAACGUCAAGCCAGCUUUCGUUAUUUGGAGCAUAGUAUUAAUUUUGGUUGGAAGGGCCUUGAAUAUAUUUCCGUUAUCAUUCCUCGUGAAUUUCUUCCGUGAACACAAAAUAACGAGGAAGAUGCAGUUUAUAAUGUGGUUUAGUGGUUUGAGAGGAGCCGUCGCGUUUGCUCUGUGUCUUCACCUGGAGUUUGAAGCUGAGAAGCGAUACGUUUUAGUGACAGCCACGCUGAUUAUUGUUCUCUUCACGAUCAUGUUCCUAGGAGGGGCCACAAUGCCGUUAUUAAAGUUGCUCAAAGCAGUGAAGAAGAGUAAGAAAAAGAAGAAGACAACUGGUAUUGAAAUUUCUCUCAGCAAGACGAAGGAAAUGGGACAGACUGUUGAUUCCGAGCACCUGUCCGAGCUGACUGAAGAGGAGUAUGAGAUUAACUACAUUAAACCUCACUUGAAAGGUUUCCUCAAGAUCGAUGUCAAAUACCUCAUACCAUUUUUCACACGGCGAUUUACAAAACAGGAGGUGCGUGACGGUAAGAACCAGAUGAACACGCUCACUAACAAAUGGUACAAGGACGUCAGAGCAGUGCCAUCAGAGUCCGAGUCCGAGGAUGAUGGUGAUGGUGAACAAACUAAUCUGAUGACGACGUCCACGCUGUAGAAUGCAAGACUAGUUGGGUUUUUUUGACAAGCAAUAUUCUUCUGUUCCGGCUUUUGUCGUCUACAUUUUCACAACUUCCGAGUUGCAUUGUCGAACUGGUUGAUGGAAAAAUUAUACUGGUGGCAAUGUCACGGUUGCAGAGACUAAACUGAAGCCGGUCAUGUGAGAGUGAUGAUAAUGCCAUGGUUGUGAAUAAUACUGUGGAGAAGAGAUUUGCUCAUAAGGGAUCUGUAAUUCCAUGAUGAUAUUGAUAGUAUGAAUCUGUGAGAUCAUAUGACCUGUUCAGAAUGAACAUUAGUCAAGCCUUCAUGGCAGUUCUAUUCAAUGAGUAAUGUCAUUAACACUCAGAAAAAACCCAGGCAUGGAAUACUAACAAAAGGUUGGCUGUACCUUAAAUAAAUAUUCUACAGUCCUUUCCACAGGGAAUGCCUUUUUUUCAUUCUUUGGAAUUUACUACAAGUUAUUUAUUUCGGAGCGGAUUGUUUUCAAAAUUGGACAUAAAUAUAGUAUUUUUUGUUAUUUCCAAAACACUUUUACUUUUUUUCAUGUGUUAAACUAAAUAUUUACAAAACACGUUUUUGUAGGAGGAUGGGAUGGACUAUAGGUUGUAUUGUAUUGUUGAUUUGUUAUCUUUAAUCCAGUAAUUAUAAUCUAGUAAGAAACCAAUCUUGCCUGCUGACCAUUCAGAAUCUAAUAUUACUGAUGGUUUGACUGAAAAUAAUUCCAAUUUAUUUUGCUACGAGUUCUGUGAAAUAUUGCCUUUUGAUCUCAUGUAUGUGAUUUUUUAAUUCUGGUUGGUUAUGAGGGUUGUUUUACGGUUGUACGCAAUUGUAAUAAUGUGAGAAAUUGUAUUUUGCUAAUAGGUAACUUUCCUGUAUUGUAGUAAAUAUGAUUUGUUUUUCUUCUGAUUUCUUACCUGUUUUUAAUAGAUAAUCUGAAAAUGUAAGCUGAUUUUUAAAAAUUAAUUAUAGGCAAUAAUGAAAAUGGGUUUUUUGGGUUUUUUAAAAAUACAUUUGCAUAUAUCUUACAUUAAACAACGCACAUAAAAUAAAAUGUAUAAAAACAAUAUCUUUUUUAUUGGUACUGUAGUAAAUAACACCCAAAAUAGUUUUUUUAAAAAGCUGUUUUCUUAUUACUGGAAUACAUAAUUUUAGGUUAAGCUAAUACCUGUGUCAUAAAUACAUGUAAUGUUUUUAUAAUGUGAUUUGUGGUAACUGUGAAAAAUUCUUUGUAAGCUGUGAUUGGUUGUAGUUAUUAUUGCAUUGAUCUCUUCAUCAUCAAUUUGUUACUCAUAGUUAUGUACAGUUGUAUUUCUGUAUUAAUAAAAAAAAAAAAAUGUAGAGGGGUAGGGAACAGUUGCCCCCCCCCCCUCCCCGAAAAAUACCAAAAAUAGCCUUUUAGCUGGUAAAGACCCUAUGGAAAAGUUCUUUUCACUGCCUAUCUCAGGGUGUUUUAUUUUUUUUACUAAGUUUAGUUAUAAUAUAAAGAAAAGUAUAGUUUAUAUGUUUUGUUUUUAUUUUGACUGGGUAUUGAAAAUCAUUGUGGUAGGGUUGUUGUACAAAUAUGUUAACCUAUAUUGUAACGCACAAAAAAUGGCACAUACACACAUAUUUAUAACAUAUGUAGUUGCACAAAAAGUAAACAAUUUUAAAGUUAAAAAGUAUGGUAUUAUACAUUUAUUAAUUGGAACAAAAAAUCAAAUAAUGUUUUUAUUGUAAUUAUAAUAUUAAAUGUAGGUCAUUGUGACAUAUGUAUCAGUAACUUGCAAUAUUAUUAUAGGUAGGUCACUGACAUCUGUAUCAAUAACUUGUAAUAUUAUAUGUAGGUCACUAUGACAUCUGUAUCAAUAACUUGCAAUAUGUGUAGGUCACUAUGACAUCUGUAUCAAUAACUUGCAAUAUGUGUAGGUCACUAUGACAUCUGUAUCAAUAACUUGUAAUAUUAUAUGUAGGUCACUGUAACAUCUGUAGAAAUAAUAUUGUGUAGUGAAACUGAUAUUUGUUGGAAUAGUGUUUCAUAUGAAAUGUAUAUUACCUCAUUAACAUCUGGCAUGCAGGGUAUAAAUUGCUUUAUUACAUACCUAUUCAGUCUUAUUAUAAAGACAUUUUGAAAUCGUGUGAUAAAUUUAUUUUCUAUUACACAUGUGCGAUAUGAACCAGAACUUUUAAAUGGGGAAUUCCCUUUUUCUUUUUACUGCAGUUAGCGCCUUUUAUUUACUGACGUCAUAUAGGAUUUACAAAUGACGUCACAUCAUAUAUGAAACAUUACACAAGGCUGCCACAGAGUAUGAUUCUUAAUGUUAAGUUAAUCCAUGAAAGGCGCUUUGAUCAUUGAUUUAGCAAAGUGUUGUUAGGACGUUAAAUUAAAAAAUGUUUUUGUAAAACAUAAAAGAAGGUAUGUAAUAAAUACAGAACUUCACAUACGUUGUUUUCUCUUCCUAUUUAUUGCACUCGUUUAUUUUGCGAAAGAACAUACCACUCGACUGAUACGCGGUCUUGUGGUAUAUAUUCUUGCGUAAAAUAAACUUGUGCAAUAAAUAGGAAACAACAUAUAUGAAGUUCUGUAUAUAUAUCAAAUAGAUGUCAAUAUACUGUAUGAGGGAACAAUUUGUAUAAUGUAGAUCACUGCUAUCUGUGGGAAUAACUUGCUAUGUCAUGUUUACGUUAUUAUAGCAUGAGGGAAUAAUACAGUAUAUCAACUGUAGGUCUCUGACAUUUGUGUAAAUAUAUAUAUAUCAAACUUAUGUCAGUGUGAUAUGUGUGGGAAUUUAUCAAAUGAAAUGUACAUAGGUCACUGUGACAUGUAUAACUUAACAUAUCACAUGUAGGUAACGUUGACAUUCAUGGCAAUAAUGUAUUAAUAUCAAAUGUAUUAUAUCAUGGUAUUAAUAUCAAAUGUAGGUCAUUUGUGACACCUUAGUCAUAUCUGGCACUGACAAUUUUCUUCUUUUUUUUUCUUUCUUUUUUUUUUGCUGUCCUAUUCUUGUAAUGAACAUGUCUGUAGCAUAUGUUUACAUUCAAUAACACAGUUGCUCAGUUACUUCUGACUACUUUAUGGCAGAUUCGUGAGACUUGCUCAGUUACUUUCCAUGGACGAUUGAGGUUCUUUACUAAAGAGUUUGGAGCCUAUUGUACUGUAAAUAUAUUCCCAAUAAUGAUUUUAAAAAUGUAUUAUUUCUACUUUAUCUUUCAUAUAAGUCUAGCAAAGUGUCUUCCAAAAUACCAAAACUUUAUCAGAAAACAAGGAUGCCUUAUAGUAUACGUGACGCCGUUUUAAUAUUUUCACAUACAUGUACAUCAAAUCAAACAAAUUAAGUCACUAUUCCAGAGAAAAAUCAUAUAGACUAUAUUACAUAUUCAAUUUAACUCUUGGUCCUUUUUGCUUUUAAGCAAAAAGCAAUUUUAUUGCAGGCUUUCCAAUAAUUUUAUUGGAAAUAAAAACAUAUGUAAUCAUAACUUGGCAAAACAUUUUUUGUCUCAUUUAAACUUUACUUUAUUAUUAAUCUUUAAAAUCAAGGACUUUUAUUGUAUGAACAGUAAGAGUGAAGAAAAGCUUCAGUUGAAGUCACUCAGUUUGUAUAGACAGGAUACAUGACUUUCAGAUAUCAUCUAAGGUAUCAAAUAAACACAACAGAAAGAUCACUAUUUAGUCUAGAUAGGCACUGAAGUCACUCAGUUUGUAGAGAUGGAAUACAAGUGACUUUCAGACAUCAUCUAGAGCAUCAAAUAAACACACAAAGACCACCAUAUAGUCUAGGUAGGCACUGGAGUCACGCUGUCUCUAUAGAUGGAAUACAAGUGACUUUCAGACAUCAUCUAGAGCAUCAAAUAAACACACAAAGACCACCAUAUAGUCUAGGUAGGCACUGGAGUCACGCUGUCUCUAUAGAUAGAAUACAAGUGACUUUCAGACAUCAUCUAGAGCAUCAAAUAAACACACAAAGACCACCAUAUAGUCUAGGUAGGCACUGGAGUCACACUGUCUCUAUAGAUAGAAUACAAGUGACUUUCAGACAUCAUCUAGAGCAUCAAAUAAACACACAAAGACCACCAUAUAGUCUAGGUAGGCACUGGAGUCACGCUGUCUCUAUAGAUGGAAUACAAGUGACUUUCAGACAUCAUCUAGAGCAUCAAAUAAACGCCACACAAAGAUCACUAGUCCACUAGAUAGGCACUACAGAUUUGCUGACUUGAGGUUUGUUCUCAAAACGACCACUUCUAAACACAAUACAUUCCCAUUCAAACAUCAACACCAGGUAUCAGAUGUGGAUCCAGACAUUUUUGCAGGGGUUGGGGUGGUGGGGUCUACGUGCAGUUACUUGCCUGUAAAUGGAAGUUGUAUAUUAGCAGUGAAUGCACUUUAAAAUAAGUGGAGAAAACAAUUUUGAGCAGAGGCGGGUCCUUGACCUACUCAACCACCCCCCCACCCCCCAUGGAUCCAUGCCUGGGUAUGACCAUGACACGAUGUUAUUUUACUUUAUACAGUCAGUGGUAUUUUUUAAUACAUUCUUCCAUGAUUCUGGGGUAGUUUGAGGUGGUUUUGAGGGUGGUUUUGUUUAGUUUUUUUGCGAAUGUGUGUGAGUUGUUCUGUUUUAGUUUCUGUCAGCGCUCCAUAUCUCUUCAUGAAACCAAUUUGUUUUAAUUCCAGUGGGUAACAGAGGCUGGGCCUUUGGAUAUUUUAUUUGUUUGGUUUGUAUUAUUUAUCUUUCUCUAUUUUUGUAUAUACUUGAAAGUAAGUUAUUGUCAUAAUGAGCCAUUUAUAAUUUUUAAUAUUUUCACAAGUAUACAAACUGUACACUGUAAGGGAGACUUAUGCUGGUGUACCCUGUUCAUAUGGAGAAAGGAAAUGGUAAUAAAAAUACCUUUGCAAAAUCAACAGGGUUUUUUGUAUACUUUUUAGGAGUUGUGAACGUUUUCUAAAAAAAAAUUAUGCUUUGUGAAAAUUAUAAUUGUGAAUAGCCUAUAAAUGUUUGGUGAAUGUUUAUGUAUGUUAUGAUGGUGUUCCACUGUCAUGGACAGACAGCCCAGAUAGCUGAGGUGUGUGCCCAUGACAGCAGGCUUGAACCUUCAUGGGAUAUAAAUGAUAUGGUGGUGUCUUUAAAUUGUUCUCAUUUCUUAAGACAUGUACAUUGGUUAUAAUACAUCAGACUUAACAGACCUGUAGGAAAUUAUUUUAAAAGGAAGGCGGUAGCCAUUAAUAUAAAGAAUGAUCACUAUUAAAACAUUAACACUCAAAAUCUAAAGCAUGAUCAACUGUAGCUUGAAUGCAGAAGAAGAAGAAGUUAUUUAAAUGCUAUGUUGCCAUAUUAAACUUUUUGAGUUGUAGAUGGUUAAAGUGACAAUUUAAAUUUAGUAUUUUGAGCAUACUAAUUUUGGCUGUGAUAAACAUCUCAGGACUUAAAUCAAAAGAAGGUCAUACAACAGUAAAAAGAUGCAGGACAGUAACGUAUAUUAGAUUAGCAGUAUUUUCUUUAUUAUUUAUAUUUUAGUGAAAUAUUUGAAAAUGUAAGUGAAAUUACUCAAUAGCAACAAUAGACUUGUGCUGUUGUGGUGGUACUAAUUGUUUUGGGUGGGGUUUUUGGGGUGGCUUUUUAAGAGUAAAGAUUAAUUGAUGAAUAUUAUCUAGUAAAUAGAACCUUUUAUGUUUUCAGUCAAAUGUGAUGGGCAUCUUAUGAAGUCUGCAGUAUCCUAUUAAUUCAUUUGUCAUACAACUUAACAAGCGUAACUCAUGUGAUAUCUUGUUUAUUCAAAUGCUGUUUUCUUUUUUCCCCUCAAAUUAUACAAAUCACUGAACGUAGCUCAAAGAGAAUUAACUCUUUGUUUUUUAUUAUGUUGAAUACUAUAAAAAAAAAUUGUUUGAAAAUAUUGUCUAUGAAUACAAAAUAAUAAGCUAAAAAGUUUCUGUGAACUUUUUUCUGUUGUUUUUUAGUGUCUUCGGGAAUGGAUUACAAGUACAAUUCAUAUUUGACAUGGAAUAUUAAAUAUCAUUUAUAUACAUGUAUAUAUAUAUAAUUUGUUGUAUAUCCAGUAAUAUUUUUCAGAUCAUAUGCUUUCAGAACAUAAUAACUUUGUAAAUUAGAUGUAAAUCAAUUGGGUCACAGGACUUCUUUUAUUGACAUAUACAUGUAAGUAAAUGCAUUACAGUGAUGCUCCUGAAUUAACAUAUGCAUGGAUUUCAUUCCAAUAUUGAUGUCAUUCUCAUUCAGCAAGACACUGCAUCUUAUAUUUAUGUCAUUUGAAUAUGGAGUAAUGAUUGGCUGGAAUUAUUGUAGUGGAGUAUCAAGUUUACAGCAAAACACAUAUUGCAGUUGUAUGAUAUAUAGAUUAUUACCCUUGUGUUUUGGUAUCAUCAAUAUUUUAUGUUAGGAAUAAAAAUAAUGUUUGAUGCUCACCAGAGGUACACAUAAUACAGUUAUUAUUUCUAAUAUAUGAUAUUGAUGAUACACAUUCUGCUAAUGACGUCCGUCUGUAUAUGUGUGUGAUUUUACGGAACAUGUUGGGUAAAUGUGGGUGUUAUGUACAUACACAUGUAGAGCAGGUUCAUAAUAUAACAUGUCGAGGUACUUUAUAAAUAUUUGUUAUGUUAGUUUUACAUAAUUGUAUUACAGUGAUUUACUGUAAUAUCUUCCACAGGAUUUUGUUGUAUUUGGGUGAGGGUUUCGAGUUUUGCUUUGUCAAAGAUGCCCAUAUUAUGUGUUUAUGUAUUACAAGUUUCAAAACAUAUGUUAUGGCCAUUUCUCACUAAGUAAACUUAUCAUUGAUUCAAUUAAGAAUUUUUGUAUUCAAUGGGAUAACUAAUUAACCUUUUGAAAUGUUCUCUCAAUUUCAUGUACUGAAAUGCAAAGUGAAGUGACCAUUUGAGUACAUUGCAUAUAGGUUGAUAAAAAUAUGUUGAGUACCGGGUAUUUUGCAUAUUAUAUAUUAAGAAGUUCAUAGUGUUCAUGUGUUGUUUGGUAAUUUUGUGGAUAAUCGCUAUACAUAUUUUGUGGACAAUCGCUAUAAAUGUAUGCCUGGAAAUUGUGUUUGAAAGUGACAGUAACAGUGUGUAUAUGUAUAUUGUUACUUCUGGAAUAAUUUCUAGAAAGAACUCAUUGAAAUAAACUUGUUAACUAUUCAAACAA